AACGACAACACGGACGGCUUGCCACGGUACCGCCUCUCGGAGGUGAAAGAACACGGCCCCCAGUCUGAACGGCCCUGGGUGACGUACGAAGACAAGGUAUACGACAUCACCGAAUGGGUUGGUGCGCACCCGGGUGGUGAGGUCAUCCUGCGAGCCGCCGGCGGCGCCAUCGAGCCCUACUGGGACAUCUUUUCGAUACACAAGACUCCCUACGUCCGCGAGAUCCUCGAGCAGUAUGUGGUCGGCAGGAUACAUCCGGACGACUUGGUCGAUGGGCGGCCGGCGCAGGACCAGAUCGAGGAUCCGUUCCGCACCGACCCAGACAGAGACGAGCGGAUGCGCUUCAUCACCGACAAGCCCUGCAAUGCCGAGACGCCUGGCUCCGAGCUGGCAGAGUCGUUCCUCACGCCCAACGAGGUCUUCUACGUGCGCAACCACAUGUGGGUGCCCGUUGUCGAGGACGCCACUGCGGACAACCACACCAUCUCGAUCGAGCUGCCCGACGGCGAGACCCGGACCUACACCGUCGGCGAGCUCAAGAAGCGCUUCAAGCAGUACACCAUCUCCGCCGUCCUGCAGUGCUCGGGCAACCGGCGCAAGGACAUGACCGAUCAUGCCAAGAAGACGAAUGGUCUCCAGUGGACGGUCGGUGCCAUAAGCUGUGCGAAGUGGGAGGGCGUGCGUCUCCGCGACGUGCUCGCAGACGCGGGGCUGUCCCUCGCAGACCCCGGCGAGGAUGCCCAGCAUGUCCAAUUUACUGGCCUCGAGGCCUACGGCGCCAGCAUCCCGGUCUCCUCGGCCAUCGACCCGCGCGGCGAUGUCCUCCUCGCCUUCCGCAUGAACGACAUGCCUCUGCCGCGCGAUCACGGCUUCCCCGUGCGUGUCAUCGUGCCGGGCCACGUGGCUGCGCGCGCGGUCAAAUGGGUCAACAAGAUUGUCGUGAGCGACGAAGAGUCGCAAACGCAGUGGCAGCGCAGGGACUACAAGUGCUUCGGCCCGAAUGAGACGACGCAGGACUGGGACAAGUACAAGUCGAUCCAGGAGAUGCCCAUCACGAGCGCGAUCACGCGGACGCGGCUGAUUCGCACCGUCGUCCCGAACCCCAGCGUGCCUUUUCCUGCCGGCAAGGGCAGCAGCAUCACGGCAGCGCCCAGCGUCGAGUCCAUGGCGGGUCAGAUCGUGCAGCUCGAAGGGUACGCGUACUCUGGAGGUGGACGCGAGAUUCAGCGCGUUGAUGUGAGCCUGGACGGCGGCAAGACGUGGGAUCAGGCCCGCCUCAUCAACGACAAGAAGCUCGAGCAGGGGAGCAAGGCGUGGUGCUGGAAGCGCUGGCAGUACGAAGGCGCUUUACCCGAGGUUCCAGAGGAGGAAGCGGGGAACGGCAAGGAGAAGAAGACGACUUUUGUCGUCAAGGCCACGGACGAAGUGUACAACACGCAGCCCGAGACCCACCAGAGCAUAUAUAACCUCCGCGGCAACCUUGCGACGGCGUGGCACAGAGUC